AGAAAAAAACAACUCAAGCCUCGCCCGGUCGCCCCUCCCUCCCUCCCUCUGCCCCGGGUUUCCAGGGAAACCCACCCCCAGAUCCAAAUCCAGCGAAGCGACAGAGAUCAAGGAUGGAGCUGGAGGUGGGUGCGCCUUCGCCGGCGAGGUACCUGGUGGGGGCAGCGAUCAUGAUGGCCGGCGUGGUGCUCCCGCUGGCGUACAUGAUCUUCCGCAGCAAGCGUUCGCCUUCCUCCGCCUCCGCCGCGGGGCCCUCCUCCUUCUCCAAGCAGACGUAGGAACAAAGGGCUCAUCUGAUCUGAGCGAGUGGGUGAAUCGAUCGCCUUCCCCUGAUGCUUGUCAUUCUGUCUGUUUUGGCACCGCGAGAUCCUCCAACUGCUUCUCGAGACUGGGCAUCAUCACGUCAAAUACUAGCUGAUUAGUAGUCAGUUCCUUUUGUACCUUGUGUAGAUCAGAUCGAUUGCUUAUUUGGCUGAUUUGAUACAAUUAUAAACAAUGGGUUUACUUUUGAGUGCACUACUUACAAGCAUCAUUCAUACGGAUUUCAGUUUACCUAAACAAACCACUUGCCCUCU